AUGAGGAAAAUCGUCCAGCAUGCGCCGUCGUUGUUGAUAGCAGUAGUAGCCGUUUGCUCGCAUCUAUGGAUAGCUUCUGCAUUUACAACAGAUGCGUUGGUGGGAGGUAUUGCAUGUGAAGGGUUGAUGCCAGAGUACAUGUGCGGGGGUCCAGAGUCAAUAGCCCAUUUAUUCGAACUUGUGGAUCCCAAUCCAGGUGGUGGCAAAGGAAAAGAUAAGGAUACACCCGCCUCAGCACCGCUUGGCCAAAGAGAAUCCAAUGCACCAAAAGUUACGAAGGGGCCAAAGGGAACGAUGGCGCCAAAAGCCACGGCUGCUCCAAAAUCAACAGCCGCGCCAAAAUCAACAGCAGCACCCGGAACAGCACCCGACAGGGAAGAGGAUGUGUCGGGAGCCACCAAGGCAUCGGCAGCUCCAAAAGCCACAGCAGCCCCAAAAGCCACGUCGGCACCAAAAGCCACAGCAGCACCCGGAACAGAUACAGGAAGGGAAGAGGCCUUGUCAGGAGCUCCAAAGGCUGCUGGGGCUCCAAAGGCUACCGGGGCCCCCAAAGCAACAGCAGCUCCCAAGGCAUCGGCAGCUCCAAAAGCAACAGCAGCACCACAAGCAACAUCUGCGCCAAGCACACUUUCAGGUAGGGAAGAAGAUCUGAGUGCUGAAUCGGAUGAUGUUGGUCCUGGCAAAGCUUCAGGAGCUCCAAAGGCAACAGGGGCACCCAAAGCAACAGCAGCUCCCAAGGCCUCAGCAGCCCCGAAAGCAACAGCAGCACCACAAGAAACCUCUGCACCAAGUACACUUUCAGGAAGGGAAGAAGAUCUGAGUGCUGACUCAGAUGAUGUUGGUCCUGGCAAAGCUUCAGGAGCUCCAAAGCAACAGGGGCGCCCAAAGCAACAGCAGCUCCCAAGGCCUCGGCAGCCCCAAAAGCAACAGCAGCACCACAAGAAACCUCUGCACCAAGUACACUUUCAGGAAGGGAAGAAGAUCUGAGUACUGACUCUGAUGAUGUUGGUCCUGGCAAAGCUUCAGGAGCUCCAAAGGCAACAGGGGCACCCAAAGCAACAGCAGCUCCCAAGGCAUCAGCAGCUCCCAAGGCAUCAGCAGCACCACAAGCAACAUCUGCACCAAGCAUACUUUCAGGAAGGGAAGAAGAUCUGAGUCUGAUU